AUGCCCGCUUCCUCCCAAAACAACAAGACUCCAAACCAACACCUCUCGGAAAAAGAUGAGUUAGGCAGGCUGCGUUCCGCAUCUCCAGCUGUCAAGAGACCGGCGUCUGAUAUGGGAGCUCAGGACAGGGAGUCCUACAAUAGUGACGUCGAAAUGGGCGAUGGUCAGCCUCCCGCGGCUGCUGCACCUGGGUCCACGCCUAACAAAGCAGAAUCGCCCACGACCACCGGUACGGGCAUUCAAGACAGGAAGGCAAAGCAGCAAGACACGGGUGAAAGACACCGCCAGAUCCCCAAUCUAGCCGCGGCUGAUCUGGUGUACACAAGUGAUGCCCGUGCAGUCCAGCAAGGUGCGGCUGCUUCAAUCUCAGACAACAGCGGCAGUUCUGCCGCCGACUCUCUCGUUCCCAGUCCUUCCAACCGGUCUACUGCCGCUACAUCGCUGAGUUCAGAUGUGCCUCCCACCGCUGCCUCCAUACCGUCCAUUGACGAACAGAUCGCCAAAGUCACAGAUAUUCUACAGAAAGAGCUGAAGGAAGGACAGAAGGGCUACCUCAUCUCUGCAAAAUGGUUUCAGAAAGUGCAGGCACGGGGUUCUGUUCCUGUCGAUGUGAAGGAUAAAUCUGCGACCGAGGGCGAGAUUGGCCCUGUCGACAACUCCGACAUUGCCAUGGUGAUUGACGCUGACGCAAAAUUGGUCGACGAGGCUGGGCAAAACUAUGUCCCGCUACGACCAGGCUUGGCUAUGGACGAGGACUAUCGUGUUUUCCCUCAGGAGGCCUGGGCACUGAUAAUAUCGUGGUAUGGCCUCCAGAAAAACUCCCCUGUCAUCACACGAUACGCCCACGAUUGGAGUGCCCCAGAUGCGGCAAUGCCUAAUGUCACCUGGGAGUUGAACCCACCUAUCUUCUCGUUUCUGAAGGUGCCUAGUGAGCACACCACACAGACUCAGCGUGAGAAGGACAUCCCACCUCAACGAAUGGUCGCUAGCAAGAAGAUGCUGGCAAAUGACUGGCUCAAGAAGGGCAAGCAGCUGUUAAAUAUUGACAUGAACACCAAAGUUAGGGUGUGGAGGAUCCUCGGCGGCUUAAAAAAUUCCUCCUCUUCUGGCAUGCUUACUCCCGCAGCAUCUAGAAGUGCUUCCCCAGCUCCUGGCGUCGAAAUUGUGGCCACCGCCGGAGACCGAAUGCUCCUCGACGUUAACACCUUCGCACACCUCCAGCUUGGCGAGCAUCGUGAGCUGCUCACCGACAUCAAGGACAACACUGCAAACCCAAAUUACAAUGGCAAGUCGUUGACUCUACAAGUGGUCGGCUUGGGCAGAAACGAAGAAGUGAUUGUUUUGGAGGAACAAAAGUCUGGAAAAGAAGAGUGGCCGAGCGAGAGCACCAAACUAAGCUUAACCAAAAACCUCAAGGCUACAGGCAAGAGCCUCACUCCAAGCGGCAGAUCCAGUCCGGCCCCCGGCAUGAUGACCCGCGGACGUCAGAAGGCAAAUGGUAGACCGAAGGGGAUCACUGGAUUGACGAACCUGGGAAACACCUGCUACAUGAACUCAGCUCUACAGUGCCUUCGCAGCGUCCCCGAGCUGACUAGCUAUCUCUUAGCCGACCUCUGGAAGAAAGACCUUAAUGUGGACAACCCCCUAGGCUAUCAUGGCGAAGUUGCGAGAGCAUACGCAAAUUUGAUGCACCAGAUCUACGACGAAAAUGCCUCCUCAACCAGCCCAGCCAAGUUUAAGGCCACGGUAGGAAGGCACAAUUCCAAUUUCAGCGGUUACCAGCAGCAAGACUCUCAGGAGUUCCUCCUCUUCCUUCUCGAUGCUCUCCAAGAAGAUCUGAAUCGCAAGAAGAAAAAACCCUACUUCGAGAAGACUGAUUCCACGGAUGAAAUGGUCCAUGACUCCGCCGCUCUUCAAGCGUUUGCCGACAAGAAUUGGUACGAGCACGAAGCGAGGAAUGACUCGGUGAUCACUGAUCUUUUCACCGGCAUGUACAAGUCAACGGUCACCUGCCCCGUCUGCGACAAAGUCAGCAUCACGUUUGACCCUUUUCUCAACCUUACUCUGCACCUUCCGAUCGAGAAUAACUGGUCGAAGGAGAUCCUCUACUUUCCACUUCACAAGAAGCCUAUACGCAUCGAUGUCGACAUCGACAAGAAUUCCAGCUUCAGGCAGUUGAAGGAAUUCGUCGCGUCGCGGACACAUGCUGAAGUUAGUCGGCUCAUUGUCGCGGAAUCCUACAAGAACAAGAUCUACAAGAUCUUUGACAAUAACUCGGGGAUCGCGGAGUCGAGCAUCCAAACCAACGACAUCAUUUGCGUCUACGAGUUGGAUUCAGUUCCGACCAAUUACAACCCCGACAAGGUCAAGAAGUACCAGGUGUAUUUGUCCAAGGAUGAGGACGAUCUGGUCGAGGAGGACAGCCCAGGAGCGGAUCGUCUCCUUGUGCCUCUCUAUCAUCGGCUUGUGAGGGCACCAGGUGCGCGAGUCGGGUCGAAGCCCUUUUUCGGCCAGCCGACAUACUUAGUUCUCACCCGCGCAGAUAGGGCUACAUAUGAUGGCGUCAUGAAGAAGAUCUUGGGAAAUGUUGCCGGGAUGACAACCAAGAGUAUCUUCGACGAAGACUUCGAUGUGUCCGACGAUGGAGUGGCUACACCCGAAGACUCCGAUACUAUGAUCACAACAGACGAUUUAUCAAGUCCCGGCUCAGGGCUUCCUACGGCUACUUCUGUUCAAGGCGAAGACGGUCUGGUAGACGUGUCCAUGAGAGAUGCCAGUCAAGCUCCAGAAGCGGGUCCUGGAUCCACGGAGACCGGUCUGCAAAAGCUCCUGCAGCCCAGUGCUACCGUCCCUGCGCAUUUCAAGCACCUCUUCGAGGUUCAGGUCACCUCCACUGGAGAGGGUAUACCUACAGGCUGGAAUCAGAUUUCAGAAAGUGGAGAAUAUGAACCCAUCAAGAAGCGGAUACCCAAAUCUGGUUCACAACGCCCAACCCAAGCAAAUAGCGCUUUAAACGCUUACGACGACGACGCUGCGUCUGCAGAGAGCGAGGAUGACCUUGCGGAUAACGAAAAUGACGAUGACACCCCCAUUGAAAGUAACGACUCAGGGUCGGACGCCAGUCCCGUUCUACCCAUUCUCGAUGAACCCGAAAAUGACUUCUCAGAGCCCCAGGAGAUCCUACCGCCUCGUAGCAAGCGGGCCCAGCGCAGAGCGAAAAUAAGCAAGCACAGGGGCAAAUUCAACAAACGUGAGAAGCGUCGCUCGCCUCUGCCACCUCCUCCACCGCAGCCAGUGCCGAAAGGUGCUGGAGGCGCUCUGAUCCGACCUGGCGAGGCCAUCAUCCUAGAUUGGACGCAAGAAGGGUACGAUGCGCUGUUUGGCGGAAGUGAAGGGGACAGUGACGGCAUGCGUGGCACACCGACCUGGAAAGGUGUGGAGCUGCUUCCCGAUGAGGAGAUUCUGGUGAAGCGGCAAUUGCGCAACAAUCGCAAGAAGAACGGCAUCUCGCUCGAAGACUGUCUGAAUGAGUUUGGCAAGUCGGAAACGUUGUCAGAGCAAAAUGCAUGGCGCUGUCCUCGUUGCAAGGAACAUCGCCGAGCUAAUAAAAUGUUCGAGUUGUGGAAAUCGCCUGACAUUUUGGUUAUGCACCUCAAGCGAUUCAGCGCGAACAGAAAUUUCCGUGACAAGCUUGAGGUCAGAGUCGAUUAUCCUACCGAGGGUCUGGAUCUGUCAACUAUGGUACGCGAUCAGCAGGACGGCAAGAGCUUGAUUUAUGACCUCAUUGCUGUCGACAACCACUAUGGCGGUCUUGGAGGUGGUCAUUACACUGCAUUUGCGAAGAAUGCUGAUAAUGGUGGCUGGUACGAAUAUAAUGACUCCCACGUCUCAUCAAAGACAGAUGCCAGAAGUGUUGUCACAAGUGCAGCAUACCUGUUGUUCUAUCGGCGAAGGGAGGACCCAGACCACCCUUUAGGUGGGCCCAGACUCCAGGAAGCGCUGCAAGAGGCCAGCAACGACUAUGGCGCAGCCAACUCUGAAAUGCCCCAGGACUCUCGUGAAUCUUCUCCUGUGACGGGGGAAGGUCGGCGUCUCGGCGACUCCUCCCACAAUGGGUUGUCGAGCGCUUUACAAGUCGGUCACGGUCACCGCGUGGGAGCGGGACCGGCUGGCUCGGCACUCGGAGGAAAUCAACAGGCUCGAGGUCUGUUAGCCGGAACCGAAAGUCCACCGAGCUUGAUGCUGGGACCAGCAGCCAGUAGUGGUGGCGAUGACAUGCUGCCCGAUUAUUCCGAUUCAGCCAUCGCCGACGAUGGCGUCGAUGAAGCUGUCGCUGAUGUUACCUCUGGCAGUUUCCAGUGGCAGGUGACCCAGCCAUGGAGCUUUCAAGGCUUGCCUCCGAAACAACCAGCCAACUCGGAGGACGGCGACCGGUAUCCAGACAACCGCAGUUCAAACGACAGCACGCGCGUGGAAGGCGGUGAAGUCAGUUCGCCACAUAGCAACUUUGAUUCCGAGGCCGGGAACGAAGGGUCGAUUCAUCACAACCCCGAUGACAUUGAUAACCCUCUAUACAGCAGCCAAAUCGGGCCCAUCAUGCAUCAUGAAGACUUCGUGCAUAGUCGCGGCGCAAGAGAGAGUGCACCGCCUCCCGAUGAGGUGCCGGCUGCGAUCGGUUCUGGGCGUGGUAUGUCCAUGCCGGUCGACAUCAGCAUGGCUGAUGACGAUGAUGAUGAUCCCCCUAUCGUGGAGCUCCAAGCAGACCCAGCAGACAACGAAUUGAGAUUCAAUCCCGCGACUUAG